AUGUCUCAGUUACCAACCAUCGGUAAAACGUAUAACGAAUAUAUGUGGGAUGACCCGCCAUCACUGCUCGAAUUAAGCCUGCAAGCAUUUGCGAAAUUCAUCUACGAAAACAACCGACUUCCAAAGAUCGAGAAUCCGCUUCCGGCUCAUCUCUCCAACGCAUUAGUGCGCGUUCUCAACGAUAACAACUGGCUCACCGAAAAAACGCUUAGCGUUUUGGAUGAACGAUUCGAACUCACUGAGAUGCAAAUAUUUGAAAAGGAAAAGUUCGAUGAUCGGUUCCUCAGUGCUUUAUGGAAUGUGAUUGAAUUUCACCAAAUUGAGCGUCUCUAUCUCUCAAUUUUAGCAAACAGUACUGGCCUCCUGACGGAUUCAUUUGAACCCGAUAGACUGAAUUCGAUUAAUGAAAUACAUUUGAAAAUACGUGAGUGUUUUUUGAUUGCUUUCGAAUAG